AUGAACGAUGUCGCGUCUGGCGACCGUCACUACCAGUUUGGCUGUGAAUUACUUGAAGAGGGAGGAACGGGUUACGCCACACGCGUUGCGACAUCGGAUGCAGCUACAAACGGGUUGCUUGACAGAAGCAGUCAAGACUUUCAUCCAAUUGACAUGGUUGAAGAACGCGACAGUGCUGCGCAUAUUCAGCCUAUUAAUAAGGCCUCUGACCAUCAGGAGAACAAUCACGACCUGACUGCCGGCAACGAAGGAGACCAUGUCAGCCAGCGCGGUGAUCUUGACGCAGCUAUGAAGCACGCUUUCCCUGCAGGGGAUAUAGAAAGUUCUUGUUAUAGCGGAUUACUGGCGGAGGACCGGACGUUCUUUGGUACCAUUGGCGUGAAAAACAGACCAUCCACAACAAGUGAGAGGUCGCGUCAUUCUUUAGUUAUUGGUGCAACAAUAGUCACCCCAGCAGCAGCGACGGACGUUACUUUGGAGACAGAGCCAGAAGACGCCUAUCCAGCCAAGCGGCAAAGGCUGUCUGAGCGACAGCCACAGAGCCCUAUGCUUGAGCCUGUUUCUAAGCUUAAAUCAACGUCUUUACUAACUCUUAGCGGCCAAGCUUCCUGUUCUAUUCCUAGCCCUUGA